CUACUAAUGCAUCCUUCAGAAUUGGAUACUGACCAGAUCAGAUUUAGAGAUCAAAAAUCAUAAAUCCAGUAUUUUCAAAGGAACAUAAAUGUUGAUUUUACAAAACAGCCAAGCGAAUAUUGAGUCAUAACUGCUGUCACAAAAAUGUUUAUAAUCGUACUAUAGUAAAAAUAUGUUUAAAAUUGUAAAAAAUAAUAACCGUCAACUGGAACAUAGGCAAUACCAUAAACAUCAUUGUCAUACACGAAGUUGAAAAGUAUUUAAACAUCAUAGAAAGUAAGGUUAGAAAAACAAUUGGAAAAAUUUGAAGCUGAUGAUUUUUUUCAAUAAAAAUGGUUGGAAUUAUAGCCGUACAUUGCGGAGCUGGUACUCAUAAUUCAGAUCUUUUUAAAGAAUACAAAAGAUUAACCAAUAAAGCUUGUUUAAAAGCAAUACAAGUGCUGGACAAUGGUGGAACUUCUUUAGAAGCUGUAAGAGAAGCAGUUAUGAUUUUAGAAAAUGAUCCUUUAACAAAUUCUGGCUUUGGUUCUAAUUUAACAUUAGAUGGUAUAGUGGAAAACGAUGCGUCAGUAAUGGAUGGUAAAACUCUCAGCUUUGGAGGCUGUGGCUCAAUCAAAAGAGUGAAAAACCCCGUGGCUUUAGCAUAUGAUUUAUGCAUUAAACAAACAAUAGAUUUACCUUUGGGCCUUAUACCACCUUCUUUGCUUGUAGGUGACGGAGGAUUAGCAUAUGCAAAAAAAAUCGGCUUGCAAAUUGUUAAUCAUGAAGAUUUGGUAAGUAGAAAAGCUAGAAGACAAUUCACUAGAUAUAAAAAUAUGUUAGAUCGGGUAGUACAACAGAGACAAUUAGAUACAGUAGGAGCUGUAUGUGUUGAUGAAUAUGGAGAAGUAGCAGCUGCUUGUAGUUCAGGUGGUAUACUUUUAAAGCGUCCUGGUAGAGUAGGGCAAGCUGCUUUGUAUGCUAGUGGUACUUGGGCGGACAGUUCUGAAAAAACCAAACAACAUUCAGUAGCUGUUUGUACUACAGGUUGUGGUGAACACUUAGUACAAACACUUCUUGCCAAGGAAAUUGCUGAUGAUUUAAAAAGUAGUACAUAUCUAACAGAGUGUCUUCAUCAGACUAUGAAUGAUAAAUUUUUACGAUCAAAGCAUUUGCAAAAUGUGCGGAUUAAGUUAGCUGGAGCACUGGUUUUGCAUAAAGAUAAAACUACAGGUGAUGUAGUAUUGCUUUGGGGACAUAGCACCCAUUCUAUGUUUGUUGGAUAUAUGGGAACAGAAGAUGAAGAGUCAAAGGCUUUAUUGUCUGUUCUUCCAGAAAACAUUCAAGAAGGUGCAGCUGUGAAUGUAGGUGGGUCAUAUUACCAAAACCGAUAUCGAUAAUAACAAAUCAAUUUAAAAAAGACUGCAUUUGUUUCUUGUUGUAAUUUACCAAGAUACUACUUGUGAUAAUAAUUUAUAAGUUGUUUACGUUGUUUGUGUAUUAAAAUCGAAAAUC